AUGACAUUUGGAGCCUGCUGCUCACCAAGUACCGCUCAGUACGUAAAAAAUACUCAUGCGGCGAAAUAUGAACAAGAAUAUCCUGCUGCCGUCGAAGCAAUCGUAAAGAGACAUUAUGUCGACGACAAGCUUCUAAGUGUAGAAUUGGAAUCACAAGCGAUUCAACUGUCGAAAGAGGUUAAAAAGAUACACGCGUCGGCCGGAUUUGAAAUCCGCAAUUGGACAACGAACUCACCAGCAGUUCUGAAAGCGAUGCACGAGCCAACAAUAGAGGAGAAAAACCUAAGCGGUGAAAAUUCAUUCGAAAAGAUUCUCGGGCUAUGGUGGGACACCUCAUCAGAUUGUUUUACGUUUAAAAUUUCACCUCGCAUAGACAAGCUUCUACUAUCUGGACGACGUCGACCAACUAAACGGGAGGUCCUUCGAACUCUCAUGAUGGUGUUCGACCCGCUAGGGCUCAUAGGGCACUUUCUAAUGGUUUUAAAAACACUCCUUCGAGAAAUCUGGCGCGCUUCGAUCGACUGGGACGACAUAAUCGAUGACUCACACCUUAGCAAGUGGACAACGUGGUGUUCAGCACUACCAGAAAUAACAACCGUGAAAAUUCCUCGUUGCUACCGAAUGGUGACGUCUACAGCCGACAGUACAACGAUCCAGCUACAUAUAUUCGUAGAUGCGAGUGAGACUGGCUACGCCGCUAUCGCUUACUUGAGAUAUCAGGAAGGAACCGUCGUCGAAUGCUCCCUAGUUAGCUCUAAAACAAAAGUUUCGCCUUUGAAAUAUCUGUCAAUCCCGCGCUCUGAGCUGCAAGCUGCGGUUAUCGGCGUUAGACUUGCGGAAACCGUUUCUAAAUCAUUGUCCAUUAGAGUGAAGGAACGCUUCUUUUGGACGGACUCGAAGGACGUACUAUGCUGGCUGAAAUCCGACCAUCGGCGCUAUAACCAGUACGUCGCGUUCAGAGUUAGCGAGAUACUGGAGGCAUCUGAUAUACGCGAAUGGAACUGGAUAUCGACCAAACAGAAUGUCGCGGACGAGGGAACAAAGUGGAAAGGCCGUCCGGAUUUGUCCGCCUCUAGUCGCUGGUUCCAGGGACCAGCGUUCCUACGGAAAUCACCCGGAGACUGGCCCAUUUCAGAUAAUCAUAUUGGCAGUACAACCGAAGAACUUCGUCCUCACUUACUGUAUCACACCAGGAUCGAAGAAUCAGUUAUUAAUUUUAAUCGCUUCUCAGAUUGGCAGAAGUUACUACGUUGUACCGCUCGUGUUUUUCGCUGGGUGCACAACAUGAGGCGUAACAAGAAGGAACGAAGAGAUGGACCACUCAAACAAGAAGAACUAAUCGAAGCUGAAUGUUAUCUGUUUCGCGUAGCGCCGGCAUCAACCUACAUCGACGAAAUCGCCAUCCUCUCCAGAAACUCAAAUGAAAGCACUCCUAACAAGUCAAUACCUAGAGGCAGCCAGCUUUACCAACAGUGCGCAUUCCUAGACACUAACAGUGUGCUAAGAGUUCGUGGUAGAACACAAGCCUGUCCUUUUAUCGCCAGCGACGCCGCUCAACCGAUAAUCCUUCCGCGAAACCAUCCAGUCACCCAACUCAUCAUUUUCGACUACCACAAGCGGUUCAACCAUCAAAAUCAUGAAACAACAAUAAAUGAGAUACGGCAGCGCUUUCGUAUUUUCAGACUUAAAGCCAUAUACAACAAUAUCCGCAAAGAAUGUCAAGAAUGUAAAAACACUCGUGCCUUACCUCAACCGCCAGCAAUGAGCGACUUACCUCCACAACGACUCGCUGCAUUUACUAGACCGUUUACAUACAUGGGGUUGGACUAUUUCGGUCCCAUGACUGUAAGCAUCGGAAGGCGAACCGAAAAACGGUGGGGGGUUCUUGCCACUUGCCUUACAACUCGCGCUAUCCACCUAGAAAUAGCUCACACACUGACGACCGAUUCGUGCAUCCUAGCGAUACGCAAUAUUAUGGCUAGAAGAGGCGUGCCAGCCACUAUCUUCAGCGACAGAGGCACGAACUUUCAGGGAAGUAGCAAAGAAUUACGAGAAGCUUUGAGAACCGUGAACCAAGAGCAACUUGUAAAAGAAUUCACGACACCAGACACAGAAUGGACCUUCAUCCCACCGGCUUCACCACACAUGGGGGGCGCAUGGGAGCGCUUAAUCCGUAGCGUUAAGUCUAAUCUCUGUAAACUGCAAUGGAGAAGGCUCCCGACUGACGAAGUACUUAAUAGCACGCUCCUGGAGAUAGAAAACGUGAUCAACUCACGGCCACUGACAAACAUCCCUUUGGAAGACGACGAAUCACCGGUUUUAACACCUAACCAUUUCUUGUUGGGAUCAUCAAACGGACUUAAGGCAUGGGUACCGUAUGACGACAAUCCUGUGGUACUUCGAAAUAGCUGGAAACAGUCACAACUGAUAGCCAACGAAUUCUGGCGAUGGUGGCUGAGAGAUUACUUACCCGUUAUCACUCGACGCACCAAGUGGUUUACCAAGGCAAAACCAAUCGAGAUAGGCGACGUUGUAGUCAUCGCGGACCCAAAGGGUCCCCGUAAUAGCUGGCCAUUGGGACGAAUAAUCGGAGUGAAAUCAGGAGCAGACGGGCAAGUAAGAAGCGCCACAGUGCAAACCAACCAGGGCAUAUACGAGAGACCAGCGGUGAAGCUCGCCGUACUCGACGUGGGCGUCAAGGACUAA